AAGGAAAGAAAUGGGGGGGGCCAUAGUCUGCCUUCCCCCCCCCACCCCACCCAGCUCUCUUGCUCUCCAUAACCCAGCACCUGGGCAAGUCCUGGACAUCUCUGAAAAAGAGCUUUAUGUAUCAUCGGAUUCCUCCAGUGUCAAAUACAAAUACAGAUUCUGAUUCCGAUUCUGAAUUGCAGGCUCCAGGGCGCAUUGGGCAGAGCUGCGUGCGAUUGAUUUUGUCCGUGUGUCGCGCGGGAGUAGGCAUUGCCUUUCGGGGUUAGGGGGUAAGGAUUUAGGGUUGUGGAGGUUUAGGAUUAGGGAAUAGGAUUGGGGCUGAGGGGGGCACGGGUUAUGGUUUGAGCCGGCGAGCGAGCGUAGCGUGGCCUGCGCGAGAGCCCCUUUCAUCGAUGGGGCAUGGCGGGCGGGAGAGCGUGUGAUGGGUUAUGUAUUGUGCAGGUAUAUUUUAUAAAAAAAAAAAUCAUGAAUUAAUAACGCGCGGGGGGGUGAUACCGGAGCUUGAAUAAUUUACCCCGCUCCGUUAUGGCUAUGGCGGUAAUAGGCUGCGUGGAGGCGAAGCGGCCGUAUCGAUUCCCACGCGCCCGGCGCUUCUCCCGAACGAUCCCGCUCCGCCGUGCGCGCUGCCCGGACGGCGCGGGCAACGUUUUCCUCCACGGUGCCGGACAGGAGGUUGGGCUCGUCGCAAAGCCCAUCGAUCGGUGCGGUAAUGGGAACCGCUUCGAGAGCGUCGCUCGGUGCGGAUCAACGCGACGCCUUUCAUUCCCGCGGGUCCCUUUGCGUGCCGCCGUGGCGAACGAGUCGAGGAUCCUGCGAGUGAAGGUGGUGUCUGGAGUCGACUUGGCUAAGAAAGACAUUUUCGGUGCCAGCGACCCCUACGUGCGGGUGUCUCUCUACGAGCUGGAGGAGAACCGGGAGCUCGUGUUGGUGCAGACCAAGACCAUCAAGAAGACACUGAACCCAAAAUGGAAUGAGGAGUUCCACUUCAGGGUGGACCCACACAACCAUGGUCUCCUGUUCGAAGUGUUUGAUGAAAAUCGACUGACGCGAGAUGAUUUCCUGGGACAAGUGGACACCUCCCUCAGCCAAUUGCCGACAGAAGACCCGUCGAGGGAGCGACCCUACACCUUCAGGGACUUCAUUCUGCGGCCGAGGAGUCACAAAUCGCGGGUGAAGGGCUUCCUCCGGCUCAAGAUGGCGUACUUGCCGCAGAACGGGAUGAACGAGGAACCGUCCACCCAGACCGAGGAUUCCGACCCCGGCUGGGAGGUGGUGGAUUCAAUAGAGGGCGGCGGGAGCCAGCGGCCGGGCCAGCAGCAGCAGCCGGCUCUGCCGCCCGACUGGGAGGAGAGGCAGGACAACCUGGGCCGCACCUACUACGUGAACCACAAGAACCGCAGCACCCAGUGGCACCGGCCCACCGUCUUGGACCCGGUGGAGGACGUGCAGGCGACGGAGGAGCGCAGCGACCAGCAGGCCCAGACCGUGUUCUGCUCGCGGAGACAGAUCACCGAGGACUCGGACUCCGGCGACGUGCGUGACUCCGCCGACCUGACGUGGGAGAUCAUCGAGCCCGAGUCGGACCGCUCCCCGCGCUCCCCGCUGCCUCCGCCGCCGUCUCCCACCACCUCCACCGACGACGGCGCUCGCCUGGUCUCGCCCGACGAGGCCGACCUGAGGCCGCAGACCCUCGCCGAGCAGACGACGCCCGCCACGGCGCUGGCUUCCAGGAGGGCACGAUCGGCGAGCGUCACCCUCUCCGAGCCGCAGCAGAACACGCUGUUGGUUCCCCAGCUCUUCACCACGCCGGGCAUGCCCCCCGGGUGGGAGGAACGCAAGGACGACAAAGGCCGCACGUACUUUGUCAACCACAACAACCGCACCACCACGUGGACACGCCCCGUCAUGCAGCUGGUGGACGACGGGGUACCGGUGGCCGGGGCGGUGGCGCCGGCCAACGGGGAGGCGGAGGUGCAGGUGCAAGUGCGGCGCCCGCGCAGCCUCAGCUCCCCCUCGAGCCCCCGAGAGUUGGCGCCCCUGCACGGCCUUCAGAACCUGAGGGAGGCGACGCAGCCCAAGCGGAACAGAGUUCCCUUCCCGUCGCCGCAGUCGCCCCAAUUCUCGCCGGACGGCUCGCCACUCGGCUCGCCCAAGCAGCAGCACAAGCCGAGCUCCGGCACGGCGUUCAUGCCGCCCGGCUGGGAGAUGCGCUUCGCCCCCAACGGCCGCCCCUUCUUCAUCGACCACAAUGCGCGGACGACCACGUGGGACGACCCGCGGUUAAAGGUUCCUGUGCACAUGCGGACCCGGCCUAGUCUGGACCCCUCUGAGCUGGGGCCCCUGCCUCCCGGCUGGGAGGAGCGGGUGCACACGGACGGGAGGACCUUCUACAUCGACCACAACACCAAGAACACGCAGUGGGAGGACCCAAGACUGCAGAGCCCGGCGAUCACGGGCCCGGCCGUGCCAUAUUCACGGGACUACAAACAGAAGUACGACUUCUUCCGCAAGAAACUAAAAAAGCCGACGGACGUGCCGAACCGCUUCGAGAUGAAGCUGCGCCGUGGCAGCAUCCUUGAGGAGUCGUACCGGCGCAUCAUGGCGGUGAAGCGCACCGAGCUGCUCAAGGCACGCCUCUGGAUCGAGUUCGAGACGGAGAAGGGGCUCGACUACGGCGGCGUCGCGCGCGAGUGGUUCUUCCUCAUCUCCAAGGAGAUGUUCAACCCCUACUACGGGCUCUUCGAGUACUCGGCCACGGACAACUACACGCUGCAGAUCAACCCCAACUCUGGCCUCUGCAACGAGGAGCACCUCUCCUAUUUCAAGUUCAUCGGGCGAGUCGCCGGCAUGGCGGUCUACCACGGCAAGCUCCUGGACGGGUUCUUCAUCCGCCCCUACUACAAGAUGAUGCUGCAGAAGUCCAUCACGCUGACCGACAUGGAGUCUGUGGACAGCGAGUACUUCAACUCGCUCAUGUGGAUCCUCGAGAACGAUCCCACGGACCUCGAUCUGCGAUUCUGCAUCGACGAGGAGCUCUUCGGGCAGACCCAUCAAGUCGAGCUGCUGCCAAACGGAUCCGAGAUCGUGGUCACCAAUGACAACAAGAAAGAGUACAUCGACCUGGUGAUCCAGUGGAGGUUUGUCAGCAGGGUCCAGAAGCAAAUGAACGCUUUCAUGGAGGGCUUUUGCGAGCUGAUACCCAUGGACCUGAUCAAGAUAUUUGACGAAAAUGAGCUGGAGCUGCUCGUGUGCGGCCUGGGAGACGUGGACGUGAACAACUGGAGGCAGCACACGGUCUACAAGAACGGCUACUGCGCCAACCACCCCGUCGUCCAGUGGUUCUGGAAGGCGGUGCUGCUGAUGGACGCCGAGAAGAGGAUCCGGCUCCUGCAGUUUGUGACGGGGACAUCGCGCGUCCCCAUGAAUGGCUUCGCCGAGCUCUACGGUUCCAACGGCCCUCAGCUGUUCACAGUUGAGAUGUGGGGUGCACCGGAGAAACUCCCACGAGCGCACACCUGCUUCAACCGCCUGGACCUUCCGCCGUACGAGUCGUUCGAGGAGCUGCGGGAGAGGCUGAACAUGGCCAUCGAGAACGCGCAGGGCUUCGAGGGCGUAGACUGAUUCCUACUUGUCCCGCCCGGGACGCCAAGAGCCUCCUCCGGCCUCCUCGACCCAACCCAGACGAUCGACGAUCGGCCACGCCCCCCCACUCCCACCACGCCCCUUCCCCCCCAACCCACCACCACUCCGAUCCAAGCGAUCGAAUUCCUCUGAUCCCCGGCAGGCCGGCCCGCUGCCACGGCCACGUCGCGCCGUGGUGCCACAUUGGACACCGGCGGUUGCCGGCGGACAGCUUUGCCGCGAACGUGACCGACCUGAUCCAAAGCCAUGGGACCGAGCACAGCAGUUCCGGGCACACAGACAGUCGCGCGAAUCGGAGCGGGCGACCGGGGGCGGAGGGAAAAGAUGCUCUCUCUUUUUUUUCCAACGGCCGGCAGGAAUUUGUCUUUUUUCUCUCUCUCUCUUUUCUUCUACUUUUUCCACAUCGAUGAGUCAUCGUCAACAGAAGCUGUGAACUGUGCCUAAGGUGGUGAACGUUGCCCCCUUUUUAGUACCUGUUCUUUUUAUUUUUAAGCGGCCGUUUGCAUGGUCCAUAGCACAGGUUUGUGCGGCUGAUGGCGAGGGAGGGUGCGGCGUCGUCCGGGAGUACGCGAACCGUGGGAAAAGUGGUGCAGUGCCCUCAACCGACCACCACCGCCGUCACCGCCGCCCCCCCCUCCCUCACCGCCGCACCACGACCGCCGUCGCUGGAGACCACGCAGUUAAAUAACAACCUCGGAGCCCACGUAGCCACGCGCCGAAGAUGUGCGGGAGGUGGAGGAGAUCAAUUUCAACGUCUUCUUCUUCUUUACGCCCUGAGCAACAUCGCGGACACCGGUUGUCACCAAGCGGAGCGCGGCGUUGACGGUGGGCGCGGCAGCGGUGAGAGCGGUCGAGAGAUCGGCCGCCUCGACUCCACACCAAGGAUUGUGAACGCCUGAAAACAGACCUGCACGGCGCGAGUGGGGAUGCGGAAAUGUAAUAAUGCGACUUUUUUUCACGAACGACUCGCAAAGUUUUUUUUCUUAAGGUCCAGUCCCACAAGCCCCCCGUCGUCGUCACCACCGCCCGCACGUGCCAUAGCGAUCGUGUGCAGGCGCGUGCACCAGCGACCACCUGCCCGAGACGUCUUAGCAUAUCUCGCAAUUGUUUACAAGAAACCAAACUUUGUUUUUAUUUUUCCCGACCCCCACCCGAAGAUCACGGCGGCUUGAGCUGGUGCGUCAGCGUUGCCGGCGCGCGACGGCGGCGACGGAGCACACUUCACCGCGUUCGCUCGCUCGCUCGCUCGCUCGCGCGCCGUGCCCCCGCACGCGUCCCAAGCCCAGCCAGCUCAUCGGUUCACCACCCGCCCUGGAUGCCUCCCCCCGCUCUCCGUCAAUCCUGUCGCAUGCCCCGUUUUUAAGGCAAUGCCAAACAAACUUUUAACCGAAUGUUAAUCGCUCGACAGAAUGAGCAGCAACGAUGCGGUGUGUGUUGGUCUAUCGUGCAUUCUGCUCUCGCUUUCACCCCCUACACAUAUAUAGACUGUGACACCAUUUUGAUGUGACUAUAAGAAUUUAGAGGUUGUGGUGGGGGGGUUGAAGAAGAUCGGGGGUCCCAGUUCCCUCCAGCCACCACAGGCGCUACGGGGCUGCCCCUGGUUCUUCGCCGUGCCGUCGUGAGGCUGCCGGCCUGCCACUCGCCGGGGCAUGGUGGUCCACCAGGGACAAGCGGGCAGGGUGGGGCGGGUACAGCGACGUUGUGGCCGGUUCGUCCCCCGAUGUGUCCGCCGUCUAACGUGCUGAUGAUUGCUCAUGCAGGUGAGAUCAAGUGCAAUAUGUUGUAAUGAGGGGUGGUUGGUGGGGGGGGGGUUCUGACCGGGUCUUCCUCUGUGCCUCGUGACUGCCCAGGAAGGAUAAUUUGGCUGCCCCAUGCCGUUGUGCUGCCUCGUUUUUUGUUGUUUUUUUUUCUUCUCCGGCGCUGUUGAUCGGAUGCGUCUCUCUCUCUUUCUCUCUGUCUCUGGCCUAGCUGUUAUCUACACUUUCUGACGUGGUCGUCGCAGGAAAUGGUUACAUUUUUAUAUUGAUAUACCUUCUCAUUACCAAAGUUUGUACGUACGGUGUAUAUGUAAUUUCCUAUAUCGGGUUUUUGAACUUUGAACAGUUUUUGCAGACUUGAUGUGUUACAAAAGUGAAUCUCAACGUUGGUCGUGAUGUUUGUAUAUCGGUACAAAUGGGCAGUGAUUGUGCACAUUGUGUGUGUGUGUGUCUGUAUAUAUACAUAUAGGAUGUGUGGGUAAUUCUUUUUUUUUUGUACGUUACUACAUCGAACACUCACCGUGGUCUCCCGCGAGCUGCUGGAAGGCGGAGCGACUUGGCCUCUGGAGACCGGGCCUCGCGUUGUGACCAUGGGCACGGCAUGGAUGCUGGCAUAUACACAUCAUGAGAAGCAUGCGCAAUCGAUGCAAUUGCAGUGGUGCCUCAUUAUGAAGGGGCCUGAGGAGGGGGCCUUGAGGAGGGGGCCUGAGGAGGGGACCUGGCCCCCGUCAGUGAAAAACGAUGAAGGAAAAUAAACCACAACAAGACUUAUCUGUUCAUUAUAAAUAUUAUACAGUAAUCUGUCCACCCGCCCACUCCACCCCACCGUGUCGCUUCUCACAUUCCUCUACCCUUCCGCCCUACCUCUCCCCUUUACACACACCACGGAUAUAUUAAACCCAUUGGCUUCCACUGGGCAGUUGUGCCGCAAAUGUCCCUGUAGGUCGCUACGACCGCUGGCAAAGCCUGUUGCCUCUCCUCCAAGCGGGGCCUGGGAGUGAAAUUCAAAAGACGGCCAAUACAUUGUGGCCCUACUGGCGAACUCGAGAAAUCUUUAGUAAAGCCCUGGUAACGAGGGGUUGCCGUGGUCAACAGCCUACUGACGAUGAUGUACAUCACCAUCCUGGCUGGAAAGGCAUCUUGACUUAAUCCUGGGCGAGUGCACGACGCUGCCUUAGAAAUAACAAAAACAUUUACAUGCUUCACGAAAGUUGCCCAAAAUACCCUGGCAUUCCGUUCUCCUGGAACCUAUCCCGAAAAGUUGAACGCCUCCCUGUCCCUCUGUUGAAUGCGGUGAACGCGAGGCAUCGGCGGCCCACCGCGAGAGGCAAAGACACAUGCCGGGCCCGUGGUGGCGGGGAGGGUGGUGGUACUGGUGGUGGUGGAGUGUGGGGGGGUAGAGAGAGAAGCUUUCGCCGCACUUGAUUAAUGAAUGAACCCGAACGCCGGUUCGUGGCGCUUGAUAUUUAAUUACAGAUACAAUCCCGUCGGUUAAUUGACUUAUCAGCCAAUUCGUACACGGGUUAAUCGUGAUUAAUGGACGGUUAACACUCUAAUAGGGGCGUGACGGUGGCUGGAGGCACGCACGCCCGCGUUUGCCGGCGCUCCUCGCUGUCAAAUUUCGUCUCAGCCGGGCUCGGAGGGUCGCGGAGGUCGAGCGGGCACCGUCUGCUGCCGCGCGGCCUGCGAGCGGCGUCCGAUAUACACGUGAACGGAGUCGGCGGGUUUGUUUUAUUUUAUUUUUAGCCGGUGGGUGAAAAUCCUCGGGCUUGACGACAACGAUCGCUAACCCCGCAAAAGUCCACGAGACUUCAUGAAACGAGUUCUACGGACGCGACGGAACGAACGCGUCUGAGUGAAGACGCAGACUAAGACGGUUUUCAAAAUAUAAGAAUAGGUUUGACAUCCUUUUCUGGCAAUUAAACAGAUGGUGUUAAGAUGUUAAGCCACCAAACUGAAACCUUUUGCAAGGAAUCAUGUCUGCAUUAACCAAAAAUGCUUUGUGGUGAACAUGAUACUGGCAAGGGAGGUCCCAUGAUAAGACAAUUUUCGUUACCUUAUCAGAGACCGCAGUGCACCGAAGAAGACCAAACACGGCCAUUGGCUAUAUAUGUACAUUAAGUAAAUACUGAAAUAACUAAUUGGCUGACGUUAUAUUGGGUAGAAGUUGGGGGAGUGGGGAUUGCAUGCCCCCCACACCAAUAUUUAGUCACUGAGAAGUGUCCCGGCUGAACGUUUGGUUUGCUUCGGGUCGACCAGACUAAGAAAAUCACUCCAGGACAUUAACCACACGGGACUUGCGACUGAAAUAUGAGUGGCCGACUUACGUUCACACCGGCUGCUGUGAGGCCCUCGGCGCGUGGGAUAUGCGGUCGUGGGGCUAUUCACGUCCGAGCUUUUCCUCGCCCCUCUUCCUGGAGAGGCUCGCAGGGGUCGCCCCGGCUGCCCCCGACGCCACCGCCGUCACCGCCACCUCGAGCCAGGCGGGCACGCCUUAGGGGUUGCCACCUCUGAGAUAACCAAAAUAACGGGCACACAUCGUGGGAAGAUCACGGCAAUGAGAAGAAUAUCCCACAAUGUCAGAUGAUUGGGAGAACUGCGUGUGAAUGCAUCGUCUUGAGUGGUGUUUAUUUUGCGGAGUUGACAAAAAAAACCCACGACUUUUAAAUGUUUGAUAUCCCGGGAGACUCUUGCAGAUUUGUUAAAGAUCCCUGGGGGGGGGGGGGGUGUGGGAAAUCAGAACAGGUGGCAACCCCUAGCCGUUUCCCCGAUCGUGAGAUCCCUUCGCGGCGACGCACCGUUUAACGCCGGCCGCUUUGAACGAACGGACAAGAUUACGCAUAUCUUUGUUUUGGUUUGGCGACGAAGGAGACGGGCAGACGGAGAAUUUUCCCCUCGUUUCCCUCCGCACCGGUGCGAAUGUAAUGGGCGCGCGAGAGGCGCUGAGACGAAUCCACAGCCGACAUUUUCUGUCUGGUGGCAUUUGCAGGGCGGCCGUGCCGGGCCACGAUUUUGAAUGCACUGUGGUAACAAUGCUGCAUGGUUUGCCUUACGCUUGUUACACGCCGACUCUCCCUCCCCUGAGAUGAAUUGGCGCCGAGGAUUGUGCAGCGAAAUGCCAAUACACUUCAGCAUGCUGGCAUCUUCACCACCACUCUCUGUGCUGCGUGGCUGUCAUGUCAUUGUUGCCUUAUUCGUAGGGCCAUUAAAAAUAACACUGUGGGUGCUUAGGCA